AUGGGUGGCGCUUCGAAGCUCUUCUACCUUGCAGUGUUUAGUCUCCUUGCUCCGGCUCACGGGGAAGACAGCAGCAACAGAUCUAGAUCGUGCGCGAUUGACUCUAAAUCGACUGUCUCCGAUGCGUGUGCGUCCUUCGCCACAUUCGACGGGCUAAACAAGCAGAUAACACCUGUCCUCAAGUCCCUCACACAGCAUUCGGACUUCUUCUCCUAUUACCGUCUAAACCUCUUCAACAAACAAUGUCCUUUCUGGUCGGACGAUGCUGGAAUGUGCGGGAACAUCGCCUGUUCCGUCAGCACUCUGGAGUCUGAGGAGGAUAUACCGUUGAUAUGGCGAGCAGAGGAGCUAAGUAAGCUGGAAGGCCCCAAGGCUGGACACCCAGGCAAGAAGCUUCAGGAGGAGCGGCCCAAGGAGAAACCGCUGCAAGGAAUGCUGGGUGAGGACGUCAAGGAGUCCUGUGUUGUUGAAUAUGAUGAUGAAUGUGAUGAACGCGACUACUGUGUCCCUGAAGAUGAGGGAGCCACGGGCAAAGGUGACUACGUGAGCUUGCUGGACAACCCAGAGCGGUUUACGGGAUACUCAGGACCGGGAGCGAGGCAUGUUUGGAACGCAAUUUACAGAGAGAAUUGCUUUCUGAAACCACCGCAAAAGUCACGGUUGACCCCGGAUAAUGUUUUUGGAGCGCCGUUGGGUUCACAGAACCAGGCUGUGGAGGAUUUCCGACAUGUACUUGAAAGCCAUGAGGUCAACCAGCUAGUCUCAGGAGCUGUACGCGACGAGGUAUACCCUCUAGACGACGAAUGCCUUGAGAAACGAGUCUUCCACCGACUAAUCAGUGGAAUGCAUGCGUCUAUCUCGACUCAUCUCUGCUGGGACUACUUCAACCAGACUACGGGCAAGUGGGCUCCGAAUAUGCAAUGCUUCAAGGAGAGGCUACAUUCUCACCCGGAACGCAUUGCCAACCUAUACUUCAACUUCGGUGUCCUCACCCGAGCCGUUGCUAAGCUGCAGAAGCAUCUGCAGAGCUAUAGCUUCUGCAUCAGUGAUCCAGAUCAGGACUACGAAACCAAGCAGAAAAUGAACAGCCUCACGCACAUUGUGGCAAGCCACCCUCAAAUCUUCGACGAGACCACCAUGUUCCAGGAUUCUGUUGCCAACGGUCUUAAAGAGGAUUUCCGUAACAGGUUCAGAAACGUCAGCCGCGUGAUGGACUGCAUUGGAUGUGACAAGUGUCGACUAUGGGGGAAACUCCAGACAGCUGGAUACGGCGCUGCCCUGAAGGUGCUGUUCGAAUACGACGAGACGAAGAACGGGGAGAACCCUCUUUUACGAAGGACGGAGCUUGUUGCACUGGUGAACACCCUCGGGCGCGUAUCGCAUAGUCUGGCAUCUAUUCAGAAGUUCGAGGAGGCAAUUGGACAUGAGAUUGCAGCCCAGGAGGCUGAAAAGGCCGCAAGCGAGAAACAGGAAGAGCAGCCUGUUGUCGACGAUAUUGAAGAUGAGCCCGAUAUGUAUACCCAGUCAGAAGACGAGUAUAAGUCACCAGGUAUUAUGGCGAUGAUCAAAGAGGAAGCCACUUUAAUAUGGCGCGCCUAUAUCUUCAUUGUAAAGAGCUGGAUCAACUUCCCUUUCCUAGCUUGGGAGAUCAUGGUACUAGAACUCAACCGUCUAUGGAGCUUUUGGCUUGGGCUACCUGUCCCACCUAGGGCAUGGGAGUUUCACUUCCCUAACGUAGACGAGCUAUAG